AUGUCUAAGGCAACGCAGCAAUCGACGUCGAGGAAAUGGGUGGGGGCACGUGCGCAGGCGCGUGCGGAGGACGCAACGAACCGAAGGACGAACGCUGCCCUACCACCUCCACCGCCCGCCCCGCAGGAGCAUUCCGCGUCUCCCCCGCCGCCAUCCCUGGCGCAGUUGCCGCCAUCCCUGGUUUUUGAGCGACAGGAGGCGGUGGAUGCACUCAGCAACCUUUACCACAAUGCUGAUGUGGUGAAGGCAGUGGAGACGGGUGACCCGGUGUUUGACCUACGGGACGCCUCGAAGUUUCACGAGGAGCUGAUGGAGUGGCUUAACACGGGAGGGAGCGCGUAA